GGUGUAGUGGAUAAAGGUCUAGUCGAUAAAGGUCUAGUGGAUAAAGGUCUAGUCGAUAAAGGUCUAGUCGAUAAAGGUCUAGUGGAUAAAGGUCUAGUCGAUAAAGGUCUAGUGGAUAAAGGUCUAGUCGAUAAAGGUCUAGUCGAUAAAGGUCUAGUCGAUAAAGGUCUAGUCGAUAAAGGUAUAGAUCACGACCAAAUGGAAGAUGACAAUGCGUGUAAAUUAGUAGUGAGCUCUAUAAUCUCUUUCCCACACCUUCACUGCUCAGAAUAUAACAGACCGCCAUACACCACGUCUCAAAGCGUGGAGAUACAACACAACGAUUGA